AUGGAGAGCGACAGCUCCGGCGAGAUACUCACCUUGGGCUCCACUGCGUCGCUUCAGCUUGGCCAAGACGACCCUCCCCUGUCACCAGUCUCCGAGGAAAAGAGCUUUGAGGAAGUUGACGAGCCGGAGCAGCGCUCCCGCUUCAACGCCACCAGCGACAAGGCUCUGUUAGCUGAAGUCCUCGCCACGCCUCCAUUUGCUGCUGACCGUAAAACAGGACCGCACCAAUCUUUCCUACGGAAGUAUGCAGUGCGGAAGGCGCGAAACGAAGCCGCUAGCGGCACCAGCGAGGUGCACACAGAGAACGAUGACAUCCUUGAGCAACUUCAGCAGCUCAAGAACGCAGCCGUGGCUGAACAGCAGGAAAAUAAGGCAAAAUCGACCUCUAAAACGCAGGAGCUGGAGACUGCAGGUCAACUCCUCAUGCAGGCAGCAGAAAAAAGGUAG